CAUAGCUCGUUGCUUCUACGAUCGCGUGGGCGCGGGUCUCUUUUGGUCAGUUACAGCACACAAAUUUACAUAAAAGAGUUUGGGCAGCAUGUCGUUGACAUCGCUGGGCAUAAGCGCCGGCUUCAUGGUCGGCUGCUGCACUGCAGCGCAGAUUGCGCGGCGAGUGAGUCAGCGCCUGCUCAGCCAGGACGGUCUUGUGCCGGUGCUGAUGAACGAGGCGAUCGCCGCGGCGGAGUUGUGCGCCUGCUGCUUUGAGCUGAUCAUCGUGGCUGACAAUUUUGGUGUGGCCACCUAUGCCAUCUUUCUGUUUCUACUGACUAUCUGGUGGGGCAAGGUGUGGGGCGACGCCUCCGCCUGCCCGUACACUCACAUGGAGGACGUGCUGGAGGGACGCACCAGUUUCAAGGAAAUGGCGCUGCGCACCUGGGCGGAGCUGAUGGGCGGCUGCUGUGUGUAUCGCAUUGUGCAGGUCUUCUGGUGGCUGGAGUUUGCCGAAACGCACAAGGGGCGCGCCUUCGAGGAGUGCAAUGCCGACUUGCAGGUCAGUCCCUAUGUGGGUGCUGCUAUUGAGGGCGUGGCCACGUUGCUGUGCCGCCUCGCAUCUAAGACCAUUAGCGUGCAGGAGCCGAAGUUUAGUAGUUACAUUGACUCCUUCAUCGGAACCAGCCUUGUGGUGGCAGCCUUUAACUUCUCCGGCGGCUACUUUAAUCCGGUGCUGGCCACGGCUCUUAAAUGGGGCUGCCGGGGCCACAGCAAUCUGGAGCACAUCAUCGUAUAUUGGAUUGGCGCCUGCAUCGGCGCACUGCUGUCGGUACCCAUUUUCAAGCUCCGUGCAGUGCGGCGUUUGCUGCUAGGCGAGGAGAAGGAAAAGCAGGCCUAACUGUGACCCAUUUCUAGGGAGAUGAACCGCAUACUUUUUACUUAUGCACAACUGUCAAGAGUUUAUAAUGAUUGAUAUUGAUUGUGUUUAAUCUUGUUAUUGAUAAUUAUUAUCAAAAUGUACACGAUAUUUUAUAGCACAAAACUUACCAAGGAACUAGUUUACAGUUGUUUUUAUCAGCUGUCAAGACAUUUGAAAUAAUCAAACAGCGCACAAUUGCUUACAUUUUGCUAUCGAUAAUUUGCGACCAAAAUGUACUCUUGUACGUAGAUACAAAUACUCAAAUACGAUAGCACGAUUUAUCGA